CCGAGUUUUUGGUAAUCGACAUUUAUUAAGACCUCCUUGACACGCAGAGAUAAGAACAAAAAUUCUAUUGCACCAAUUCUAUCGCAAUGAAGGGAAUUGGGGUCCUGGUUUUGACUGUCUUCCUCCUAGGCAUAGGGUAUGUUAACGGGCAACAGAACUGUCCAAAUGGCUUUAUGAAGCAUGGAGAAGCCUGCUACCUCUUCUCCAUUCUACGAGUUUCCUGGAUCCAAGCAAUGAAAUUUUGCGAGAUCUAUGGCGGUGAUCUAGCGGUCAUUGAGUCUGAAGAGGAACAGAUGUGGAUCGAGUCCUACCUCAAGAGUACCUGGACUAAUUACAACCAAACCGACGGAGUUUGGCUUGGCGGGGCGGACCUUCUGGUCGAGAAUGAAUGGGUGUGGGUGAAACAAGGGCGACCAUUUACCUACACCCGCUGGGCGCCCAGAGAGCCGAGUCACUACCAUCGGGUAGGAGCAGACGAGAACUGCCUGGACCUGCUGCCACACAAAAGCUUCAUGUGGAACGACGAGAGUUGCGCGUGGAAGAUGAACUUCCUGUGUAAAACAAGUUUGGUCGGAGAUCCAUUAGUUGUAAUAGGGUGAUACGAGCUGUGCUUUUCCUAAAUUGCUAAUAGCUUUUGCAAAUCAAAACAACACUAAAUAAAAACGUUUGAUUUUUACAAA